AUGAAUAACAGUACACAACAACAACAUUUCCCACUACAAAAACUCGUGUUGGGAGAGGUGAAUGCUCUCAUUUUGGGCAUGCGGAAUGUACAUUCCAUGAGAUUUUCCAAUCGAUAUAGAUUUCAAUAUGAAAAUAUAACAAGACAACAAGGAGCUGUAGGAAAUGAAAGUUCAAUCCUCAUCGGAAUGAGAAAUUUACGAGAGAGGAUCAGCAGCAAUUUGACGUGGCAAACGUUAUCAACAAUGGACAUAUUGCAACCGUUCUUUGCCAUCAUAAAAUCCGAAGAUACAGAAGGCAGACUCACAUCAAUGGCUUUGCGAUCACUUCAAAAAUUCUUGGAAUUUCCAGGUUUUAUUGAAACAGGAGUAUCACAAUCUACUCCGAACAACAACACGGAAGACUCAAAGACGAUUAUUGAAGAAAUAGUAACAAGCGUACAACAAUGUCAAUUUGAAUUUAAUGCAACAGAUGCUGGAUCUCUGUCUGAAUCAGGAGGUCCAAUUAUUUUGGAUCAUUCAUUGGGGAGUGGUUUAGGAUCAAUUGCAUCUAUUUCUUCAGAAACAUCUCUCCUUGAAUCAGUUCUCAUCCAAAUUAUCAAUACAUUUUUAUGUUGUAUCAAAAGUGAGGCAGGAAAAUUAUUGGAUGAGUCAACAAUCUUGGAGAUUUUAAAAAGCGUCUUGAGGAUUGGAAGAGAAACACGUCCCUCCACAGAUUCUUUGAGAAAAACUGCUGAAUUAGCAAUUCAUGAGAUGGUAACAAUUGUGUUUUUGCGAAGAUUAAAUGAAUGUCCCAAUGAAUCAUCCACAAUGGGAGAAAUAAUUUUUGAAUUUAUUUGUGAAAUGUGUGACAUUUACAGUACGUCGUCUGUUGUGUCGGAUAACACUUCACAGCCAUCCAUGAAAUUAGGAUCAAGUACCAACUCCAUAUCAACAACAGUGAAUAGUAUUGGAACAAGAUAUUUAGGCAUUAACCUGGCUUGUCAUGUGAUUGAGCUAUUAGGAGAUCGUUUAACGCUCUCCAGUUACAAGAAUAUAUUAAGUAUGAUCUGCAAUCACUUAUGCCGAGCAUUGUUACGAAAUGUGAACAUUUCUUAUCAAACAAUUUUGUUCUUAUCAAACGGUGAAAUGAUGUUUAGUGGAAGUACUCAAUCUGGACUUGGCUCAAGCUCUACCAUAACUUCAAGCAUUCUUGGUGCGGCAAAUGGAGGAAAUCUCCAGCCUACCCACUCUAAUUAUGGAAAUAAUCUCAUGCUUCUUUCAGCAGCUUUGAAGUGUUCAAUUACUUAUUUGUUCAGUUUAUCUAACAUUAGAAGUUUUUUACACGAACAAAUUGCAGCUAUUCUUCUUUCAUUACUUCAACACCUCCCUCCCUCUCAACAACAAUAUGGAUCAAGUUCAAAAAAGAGUCAAUUUUCUAACUCACCAAUUUUGGGAAAUAGUUCAAUAUUUUUACCUUUUGAACUGCAAGAAUUAAUUUUAGAAUAUCUUGUAGAAGUUUGCAGAGACUCCAACUUGAUUGCAUUCUUGUAUCGUCAUUAUGAUUGCUAUGGAUGUUUUGACAAGAAUCAAGCCAAUAUCAAUGUAAAUACGGUACCCAAUCUUUUUGAGCACAUUUAUUUAUAUCUCAACAGCUAUAUUGGAUUGAAUAGCUCUGUUACUGGAAACAUGACGGGAAGCCCUUCAACUCAAACUAGCACAGUUGGAAAUACCAUUCAGUUAGGUCAGGGUGGUUCAACUAAUUUAAACAACUUUGGAAGCAGUGUAUCUCUUUCUUCUUCCUCUCAAGGCAAUCCCAAUUUGCAUACAUUACAUGUUUUAGCUUGGCAAGGUCUAUUAAGUGUUGUACGAUGCUUGGCAGAACGAUGUCAAGAGCAACAAGAACAAAAUAUUAGACAAUCUCUAGAUAUGCAUGUCGUCAAUAACAUGACAUCUGAAAUCAAGCUACACAAAAAACAAAAACAUAGAAUGAUGGAAAUUGUCUCUCUAUUUAAUAGCAGCCCUUUGGAAGGAGUAACACAAUUAUUACAAAUUUAUAAUAUCGUUAUUCCAAAAGAUUUAACCUCUUUCAUUAGAAAUGAAAAUAGUGUGGAUGAAAAUUCUGUAACUGUAGAUUGGAACGAGGCAGUUAGUUUAUUACAAUGUGCAGCCGAAAAAAUUUCCAAUUUCCUUCUCGAAUAUAAUGUUUGGCUAGACAAGCAAAAGAUCGUCGAUUAUUUCAACAGCUUUUCAUCACCAGCAAACACAAUCGUCGAUAUUAAGAUUAAGGAAUGUGCAUCCACAGAAAAUAACAGCACACUAACAGAGAAUAACUACUUAAUUCCUAUCCUUAGCAAAUCAAAAAAAGAUCCUCUACGGAAUGUAUUACCACUUGAAGUCAUGAGACAGUUUAUGGAUGGCUUUGAUUUUUAUGGAAUGAGAAUAGAUGAAGCAAUGAGGUAUUUCAUUAAUAGAUGCAAAAUUUCUGGUGAGGGACAACAAGUAGAACGAAUUGUUAAACUUUUAGGAGAAUGUUAUUACAGAGAUAAUAACACAAAUUUUGCAAAAGAAAGAAACAUGUCAUGUAGUGGUCGUACAGUUCCUGCUGUUCCUUAUUUAGCAAACGGUGAACAAGCAUGGAUUUUGGCUGUAGCUAUCAUGAUGCUUCACACUGAUUUACACCAUCAUCACAAUAGAAACAAUAGAAUGAAUCUAGAGGGUUUCAUAAGGACUGUUGGUUAUCAUGAAGAACUUCAAGAAAUGCCAAAGGACGAACUUCAAAAAAUUUUCCAUUAUGUUUUGACGAAUGAAUUUGAAGUGGUGACAGGUUUGAUUGAUUCAUACAAAAGUGAAACAGUAUGGAACGAACUUAUUGUAAGAAGAUCAAUGGAAUACUAUGAAAGUAAUUUUAUUCAAAAACCUUCCUCAUUUUCCAAUGAAAAAGACAAUCUCCUUCCCUAUAUUUAUGACAUGGAAAUGUUCCAGAGCAUGUGGGGACAUGUGAUAUUGGCUACAACAAUCAUUUUAGAAAAUUCAGAUGAUAUUCAUUUAUUAGAAUUAGCAAUUAGAGGAUUUCUUGAUAGUGCUAGAGUUGCUGCAACUUAUCAUCUUCAUCAUGUUUUUGACAACUUGGUCAUUACUCUUUGCAAAUUUACAACUCUAUUAGAUGGAAUUACUCCUCCUUCUAUUUCAGUUGUGAACUGUACAAACAGUAACAGCAAUCAACCAUCUUUAGAAAAUACUACUGGGUUAACUUGGCCAACCAAUGCAUCUGUAUCAACUACAAUAGUUUCUCACGAUGGUGUGGUCAUUUCAACAAUUAAUGGAGGUGUAGAUGGCAUCGUAACAUCUCCAGCUUCACCUUCAAGUACUAAUCAAAUCAUCAAUUCUUCUUCGUCGUUUAAUUCAAACAUUGGAAAAGUUAAUUCAACAUCAAGAACAGAUAAAAAUAGGUCCAUUGUUAUGUUUGGACAUAAUGAGAAGGCAAAACUUGCUUGUAGAACUGUAUUUGCAAUUACUCGAAAAUAUGGAGACAAUUUACGUGAAGGAUGGAAAAAUAUUCUUGAUCUUAUUUGUAGAAUGAGAGAACUCGAAUUACUGCCAGAGUCACUUAUAGAGUCGCGACUUGUGAGACAGCUCAGAGAAUUUCAAUUUUCAACACCAAACGAAUCUAAACUUUCUUCUCCAAGGAAAGAAAGUGGUGAUCAGUCCUUGUCAAAUCAAGCUUCUUCACAACUAUUGACAUCUGGAUCUUCUCUAUAUGGACAUAUAAUUUCAAGCAUAUCUAAGAGCGCUACCAAAAAGUUAAAACCUAAAUCUCAAAACCAAGCACAAACACAAGUUAAAAGUGCAACAUUCUCACUCUUAUCUAGUGUGUUUGGAGGUUUCUACGGUAGUAGUAGCGACGAAACCAAUGAAAAAAAGAAAAAUACCUUGGAUUCUGAUGACUCUGACGAUGAUCACGAGUCUCAAGCUCUUGGAGGACAAGACACAGAAUUUGAGCACUUUUCAAUUGAGAUUAAGCAUGCUUUGGAUGAAGCUAGGAAAUGUAUUGAGCAAUGCCGUAUUGUUGAACUAUUGAUGAUGGAUGCCAAAGAAUUGAGUGGUCAUUCGUUAGAAUAUUUGCUUAGCGCUUUGAUUAGAAAUGGUAAACCAAGUGGUGUUGUAAUGUCUAUACAUAUUCCUGCUCCACAUCUCUUUGCCCUCAAAACCAGUACAUCACCCCAACAAAAGCAAUCAUCUACUUCCCAUUCCAAUGUUACCACCUAUUACUAUUAUGAACGUGAUAUUGAAACUUCAUUGUUUUGUUUAGAUUUACUCUGUGACGUGCUUAUUAGUAACAAUCUAAACAGAAAUACCAUCACAGAUAGAUUGAAACUCAUUUGGAACUAUGCCUAUGGUCAUGUAUACAAGUUGAUGAUAUCAAUUUUACAAAUGUACGAGCCUAUUAAUGUUAUACAAUCCAUUUAUCAGGUUCCUUCAAGCCCACAAAGCGCUCCUUCUGCUCUUGUUUCAUCAAAAAUUGGCAGCAAUACGAGUGUAGCUUCAACAGAAAGAGCUAGCCCUAUUUCUACUUCCGCUCAAACAAAUUUGCGAACACGAAUGACCAAACAACAUUACCAUAUUCUUCAAAGAUGUAUUACAUGCAUUUGGAGAUUGUGUAUGGAAUUAUCUACUCCUUCAACCUCACUAAGUCAAGUUUCUGAGAAAUCAGCAUCAGAGCAGCAAGAAUGGACUUUUAUACAGAAAGAAAUGUUAUCUGUGCUUAUUGAUCAUCUUGGAAAGCAGUGGAAUGAAGGCCUUCUUGGAGUAUUUCACAUGAGCCUACUUCCCAUGAUUCACAUGUUUCUAUCUAGACAUAGUGAAACUUUAUUAUCACCAAUGGGCAAAAAAUUUAUUUAUGAAAGAACAAACAUGACAAACAACACCAAUGUUGUCAACACCUUAACUCUUUCCUCGUCUUCACAAGUAAUUGUUGAAUUUUGGGAUCAUUUAGUUUUUAAGAUCUUAAAAAGCAUUUCAACUGCCUCAAUUAGUUGGAUCAACAAUAAUCCAAGUAGUACUCUAUUUACUUCGCUAAAGCCUUCCCAACAAUUACAACUCUUAUCAAGAUCACUGGAUAUUUUAACAUUGAGCUUACAACAGAGUAAUAUUAACUCUCAAGAGAGUAGCUUUAAUAUUUGGUUUGUUGUUCCAGACAAUAUUCCAACCUUUGUGCAAACCUUCAUUUCCAUUCUCAGUGCUUCCAUAACUACCAAUGUCAAUAUUCAAAGCUCAAACUCAAACCAUGCUCAAUUUGUUGGAACACUUAAAAAGCUGAUGACACUCGCUCAAGACAUUUUAUCCACAUUAGAAAAUUUAGUUUCUGAAAUUUUGAAAAGAAUUGUCUCAACUGCAUUUUCAUCUGUUAGUGGGUCUCAGAAUGUAAUUCGGCUAGACAACAAAUGGAUCAAUGCUUGGCUCUCAAUUUUAGAGGGUAUUUCAAUUUUAUGCUGCACUGGAGGAAUUAACAGCUCGUCGAGUUCAGGAAAUUCGUUGAAUUUACUCAUGUCACAACUUAGUAGCAAUCAAAUUCAAAUGCUGUCCCAACUUCAAAGAGACAUUAGAACACAAGCCCUCUCAACACUUCAACGAUCUCUAAUUGUUAGUUGUGACUUUAAAUAUGCCUCAUCUCUGAACCAACAACAAUUAAUAGGUGGCUCUGAAAACGAGAAUCUCAAGUAUUUGCUAAAUGAUCAAUUAUUAAUGCUAUGUAUGGAAAAGGUAUUGGUCAAAUCCUUCCUUCAAACUCUAUUAGGCUUGAAACCAAAAACAACAGAAUACCAAUCUAAUCACAAUACUGAAAUGGAUAUUUCAUCUCUGGAAGAACUUCGUGUCCGUGCAAACAAUUUAUUAGCCAGAAUAUUCCUUCACUUUCUUCCAAGAAUGUUCAAAAUUUCAGAGAAUCAACAAGAGAAUGGCUUUCAAUCAUUGUGGCUUAUGAUUCUUCAAGUCAUGUACAGCUUUUUGUUGGUAAAACCAAAGAGUGAUCAUUUAAGGGAAGCCUUACCUGAAUUGCUUAAGAACAUGAUCCUUGUCAUGAACAACAUUGAGGUCUUCAAGUUUAAUCCUCAAUUAUGGACCGUCACUGAGAAUGAGCUUUCCCAAACAAUGCCUUCACUGGUUGAGGAUGUGAAACCACGUAUUAUUGCUUCGAUGAAUAAGGAUCAAUCCAACAAUGGUAACCUUUCAAAUGAGAGUACUGUUACAGUGGUUGAUUCUCAUGUACCACCCUCAAGCUCUGUGGUGCCAGGAGAGUCCAGUCAAUUGAGGGAAGAAGAAACACCAAAGGACUCAAGGGCUGAAGAGAAGAAUUGUGUUGUUAUAAUAAUUAUUGUUAAUACAUCUACAAACACUUGUUGUGGAGUGUUGGACUACUCAUUGACUAUUUAUCAUCAUUUACUUGUGAAUAAUAUUUAG